AUGGAUAGGUAUUUUUCAAAUCUGGUUUUGAUACUGCAGCUCAUCUCCCUGGUGCUCUUGGCCGCUCUCCUCGUGGCUGUCCUUGUCAAAGGCUCUGACGUUCCUAGCACCCAGGAGCAGGAGCAGCAGCAGGUAAAGCAACACAUCCACCAGGAACUGGACCAACUGAAGGCUGGACUAGACCACUUGUGCCGCCCCUGCCCCUGGGACUGGACUCUCUUCCAAGGAAACUGUUACUUCUUCUCCACAUUCCAACAGAACUGGAAGGAAUCUCUGAUCGCCUGUGAGGAAGUGGGGGCCCAACUUGUUGUCAUCAAGAGUCAUGAGGAGCAGAGCUUCCUGCAGCAGACCUCUAAGAAGAUAGGCUAUGUCUGGAUGGGGCUGUCGGACAUGAAACAGGAAGGCAAAUGGGUGUGGUUGGAUGGUUCACCACUGAAAUGGAGCCAAUAUUGGGCUCCAGGGGAGCCCAACAACGUUUACGAUGAAGACUGUGCAGACUUUUCAGAUAAUGGAUGGAAUGAUAACACAUGUUCCUUAGAGAAAUUCUGGAUCUGCAAGAAGCCUGCAUCUCCCUGCUCUAGGUGA